UGCGGAAAAGGCGUUGACGCAGUUCGUUGUUGUCAGUUGCGCUGACUGAAGAAGUACUACGAUCAGCUACUGGAGCCAAAAAGCCCAUUUUGGACAGCAGCGACACAAAUACGAAAGUUUGCUGCUGCUGUGUGAAAAGCCACAGAUUUGUGUGUCUCUCUGUAUCCGAGACAUCACCUUUGCUUGAGGAGUGUGUGCUUGUAGCACUGUUCUGCAGUGUCUGUGAUGUCGUCAGAGCUGCUGGUUGAUUUGAGCGAUGACCCUGCCACGGCACAGCUGGGACAGCUGAAGCUCUCCACCAUAGAAGACCAGCAGUGGCCUGCUGAUGAGUCAACUCUCAGCAAGUCUGACACAGAUAUCUCCCAGCGCUUUGACAGCAGCUCUCCUCACCUGCCAUGGGACCAUCCAUUUUAUGACAUCGCCAGGCAUCAGAUCAUUGAAGUGGCAGGUGAUGAUAACUUUGGCAGGAAGGUGAUAGUGUUCAACGCCUGCAGGAUGCCUCCGCAGCACCAACUUGACCAUCACAAGCUGCUGAUGUAUCUUAAAGGAACACUGGAUCAGUAUGUGGAAAGUGACUACACUCUGAUCUAUUUCCAUCAUGGGCUGACCAGUGAAAACAAGCCGUCUCUCAGCUGGCUUCGAGAUGCAUACAGAGAGUUUGACAGAAAGUAUAAGAAGAACAUCAAGGCUUUGUACAUCGUCCAUCCCACCAUGUUCAUCAAGACUCUGCUGAUCCUCUUCAAACCAAUCAUCAGUUUUAAGUUUGGCAGGAAGAUCAACUAUGUGAGCUACCUGAGUGAACUGGAGGAUGUGGUGAAGUGUGAGCAGCUGCUCAUUCCUGCUCGUGUAAAAGAAUAUGACAACAAACUGAGAGCGUCUCUGAAACCGGCCGCCCAGCCUCCCAUGUCUCCUCCUCGCAGCCCUCCGCUUCCCAACCAGGUGUUUGGGGUUCCUCUUGCUUUGCUCAGAGAGAGGAGUCCAGAUGGAGAUGCUGUUCCUGUGGUCAUGAGAGACACCAUAGGUUUCCUCACAGAUCAAGGUUUGGAGAUUGAGGGGAUCUUCAGAAGGUCUGCUAACGUUACUUUGGUGAAAGAGGUCCAGCUUAAAUAUAACUCAGGCGCAGUCGUGAAUUUCAGAGAGAUUGAAGACGUCCACUUGGCUGCUGUGAUCUUGAAAACAUUCCUGAGGGAGCUGCCGGAGCCUCUGCUGACCUACCAGCUCUACAACGACAUCGUCAACUUCAAUUCUGUAUCCAGUGACGACCAGGUGAUGGCGAUGAAGAUGCUGGUGGAGUCACUGCCAGAGGAGAACUACACAUCACUGCGAUACCUCAUCACAUUCCUUGCACAGGUGUCAGCCAACAGUGAGGUCAAUAAGAUGACCAACAGUAACCUGGCUGUGGUGUUCGGUCCUAACCUGCUGUGGGGGCGGGACAACGCUAUGUCACUGAGCGCCAUCGGUCCAAUCAACAACUUCACCAGAACCCUGCUGGACCAGCAGCAUCUCGUCUUCACCUAAACCCAUCAGUAACAACACACCAUUGGUGGCCCUCUUCCUCACAUUCAGCAAUCAGUCUCCAGUUCAUCCCAGCAACGGACCAAUCAGGAGCUUCAUCAGGGUACUUUCUCCACCAACAGCACUUAGACAAGCCAACUUCAGCUCUUCUUCGACUAUAAUACCAUAAAACAAAUAAUACUUACAAAUCUUCAUCACACAUAUCACACUUAAUUUUGCUACAUCUUAAUAUAUGAUAUUUUUAUUUUGUCCCAGAACGAGUAGCUGUGGAUGAAAAAGUUAAAUCACAAAUCAAAACCUAAUAAUUAGAUGACCUGCCACAGUAUUUAACACCACCUAAUGGAGGCAGAUCAUAGACCACCUAGGAAAUCAACGUAGACCUCUGGUUGGAAAAGUGAGGCCUGCAUAGUAGGAUGGAAGUAGCAGUUAGCCACCAGAGGACAAAGUCUAUGGGCUUCUGAUUCUCAUGCAAGUUAUUACAUCAGUAAACAUUUGUGAGGAGUUAAUGCCCUAAUACUAGUUUCAGCUCUUCUUCAAUCAAAGACGAUGUCAGUUUUGUGAAUUAUGUUCCCAUUUAGAGGAAAAUAGGCCAUAUGACUAGACAACUGGUAUCAUCCAGUGAGGAGCGUGGUUGUGGGUGACGCCUCUGAACUUCCAGUAUUAAAAUUGCCAUGUCUCCAGUCACUCUGCAAAUCUUAAGGCUCGAAAACCGUAGUCCGGCCAUAAACUAUUACGUCCAUUUCUUGUAUACAGUCUAUGAGUAGCUGUAGCUCGUAUUUGAGGUAGGUCAACAGAGCUGAAUAAUGUAGCAGUAGUCCCAUUGUGAAGACUUAGUCCCUGAUUUUGUUCUGUUCAGUGAUUUCCUCCUGCUUGUAGAUGUUGAAAAAAAGCUAUUGACUGACAGGGAAAGCAAAUCUGAAUGUGGCACCUCUGUGAUUUUAAAACUGCGCUUCUUCCAAGUCUCACAGAAUUAAAGCAGACAUUUACGGUCGUUCCAAAACAUUAGAUCCUCUUGAACAUUUCUUUUAAUGGAGCUUAUUGCGGUCUCAUGUCAGUGGAAAUGGCUCAUGAAGAUUCACCCAAAUGCAAACGAUAAUUGAUUUUUGAAAUUGAAUGCGCAUUUUACAUGAUGCAUUUGUGAUUCUUCCACCAGUUCUAAAUGUGUGUUUGUACCUGGUGUGUGUCUCAGGCUCAUUACGUUUUAUUUCUAUAAGGAGAUUAGUAGUAACGUUGAUGUCUGUAUAUACAGUAUGUAUGUGUUGUGCUGUUUCUUGUGUAGCGCCAAAAAAAAAUGGAAAAUGGCCUCCAGUUUUUACAGAAAGACGCAGAGAGACCAGAGUGCUGCUAAUCCCUAAUGUAAAGAUAAAGAAACAGUCCAGUUAUUUAAGCCUUCUAGGUUUAUGAUCCCAAAAAUAAUGAGAGUGAGAGAGUUGAAGACGAUUUGCGUUUGUGUCUCCAUGAAAGUCUCAGGUGAACUUGGUACUAAUCGUCGUGGACAAUCUGAAAUGCUGUAAUAAAGUCAGGUGGCGGAACUGAAGCUGUGUGGCUUCUACCAGCAGAUGUUAGAACCCAAACAGCUGUGCAUGUACAUGUACUGUACUAUAUCCUGAUAGUUUAUGUACAAAUCUCCUCCUUUACCGUAUUCAAUAUGAAUAAUCGUUCACUUUUCUGUCACCGCAUAAUAACUAACUUGACUCAUAUCAUUCGCAUACCUUUUUUUCAUGUUACGGAAUUAACAGCUUGUACAACUCCAGAUAAUUAAAUCUAAUAUUCAGUAGCACAAAAACAGAACAUAUGACCUUGAUUUAUCUCAGUGGCAGAAAGACUUUUGAAUCUCCUUUGUUGCUCAUUAAUGCAAAAAAGCUUCAGAAUGUUUGGGGCUUUAUUAGAACCAUUCUGACUGUUGUAAUAUCCAGACCAUAUUUUCUGUCACUGCUUAGUAUUUAUCCCCAGUUUUCCAAACUCGUCGUACUCUGAGCUGCAGACUGGUCAUUCAGUUUCCAAAGCCUUAAUUUUCAGAUCUUAUUAUCUGCCAUCUGUCUCCACAGUCAGCUCAUCCAAAGCACUACAUUCAGCAUCUUCACUUCAACUAAGAUCCUACUUUAAAAGCUCAGUGUAACAUUGACCUUUGUAUGUUUUAUGUUGUACAUAAAUCUGGCUUUUAAGUCACAGGGACAUAAAAAGCCGUUUUCUUUUUUCUUCCUCUCGUCAUUCAGUAUAUGUAAAAACUCCCAUGAGGCCAAAUGUUUUUGAAACACUUUUAUUUUGUCUUCGGAGAAAAAUACGAGUAAACAAUAGUGUUGUGAUGUUGAUAUGAUUCGUCUAAUGUGAUGUGACUGAAAAGCAUCAACGGUUCCGAGAUAGUUUGACUGAAGCUUACAAAAAAGAAAGAAAGAAAAGCUAAAUCUUAAAUUUAUACCUGUUGUAAUUUCCAGUCAUAUCAAUGCCAUGGUAACUGACAUGCUAUCAGUGUAAAUAGAUGUGUGUGGGUGUGUGUGUGUAUACGCGCGUGUGUGUGUAAUUGAUCUUGACCCAUCAAGUUUGAAUAAACAAAUUGUGUUGUAUUUAAAGUAAAUAAGAUAAAAACUAGGGCUCUGUCAUAUAACGUGUGUGUGUGCGUGUGUGUGCAUGCGUGUGCAUGCUCGUGCCUUAUUUGUUUCCCUCAAGUGAUCAUGUGAUUAACCAUCAAAGUGCCAGUGUGCCCAUUCUGCCAUAGAUUAAAAGAAGAGGUGCGUUCAACAGAGCUUCUGUGUUUGUGUUUGUUACAAGAACAACAGUGUGCGACUGAAGGAGGAGACAGUCUGAGCUUCGUGUUGAACACAAAUUAGCUGUAAUGGCCAAUCACAGACUUAAAGAAAGCAUUAAAAACAAGAACUUAUUUAAUUCUGAAGAGGAUUAAAGCAAAACCCAUGCAUUCAUCUUUAUUGUAUUUUUGAAUAGUCACACUAAUCCUCUUCAUCAUUUUGUAAUCAAAAACAUUUGUUCAGAACUUAAGCCAAUAAUAUAUAUUAUUUUCAACUGUAUUUACAUUAUUUAUCAUCAUUCUGCAACUAGACGUGUUUGAAAAUGACCUUUCAUUCACUACACGUGUAACGUCUCAUUCUCUGCUUCUACCUUAAUUUUUCUCAGUAAAUGCAACCAAGUACAGUUUCUUGUGCAACACCCCCCACCCUCCAUCCCAAAAGUCUGCUGAUCCAUUAUAGCCUCGUCUAAUCUAUGGACCUCUGUACUGUAACUGUUGUCAUGGUGACAGUGAACAAUAUUUCUCAGUGUGAGAAAAGAUUUGUUUUCCAGGCUGAUUUAAUGAUAUGUAGUGAUCUUAUUUUCUUAACUUUUGAAAUGUUUUCAUCCUUUACUUUUGAUAUGUUGUGGAUCUUAAGUCUUAUAUAUGUACGAUACAUAUUGGUAAUAAAUAUACUGUAACAUCAGUGUGUGCAAAUGAUAAAGACGUUGUAAAUGAA